GUUGGGGGAGAUAGUAAAAGAAGAAAAUAAUUCCAAACUAUGCUGAGAGCAGUGACACAGCAGGAGGAACGCUGUUCGACAGCAGGUAGCUUGUCACUGAGCUUGUUUCCAACAAUGACACCACCACUCAAUGUGGUAGUAAAUGGCGAAAGGAAGACACUGGUAGUAUGUCUGGCAAGUGAUCUCUCUGAGGAUGCUUUGGGCACCAUUUGGUUUUCCAACGGAAAUGGGAGCCUGCUGGAGGCUUUCACCUAUGGGAUUUCCAGGGAAGAUGAUGGCACUUUCAGCACAGUCUCUCAAAUCUCCAUCAGCACCAAAGAAUUUGAAUCAUGGGAUAUGGUUGCUUGCUAUGUUGCACAAAACAAAACUUCAAGGCCAUGGAGCAACACCUCCCUUCAAAUCUCAGAAGAAAAUAUGGAAGAUCUAUGCCUGGAUGAAAACCAAGAAGUGGCAGGCCAAGACCAGACUUUGGCCCCCGAACUUCUACACAGCCGCUCACAGAUCUUGCUUCUUUUGGCCAUCAGAAUUUUGCUCUUCAAGCUUCUCCUGUUUGACGUGUUGAUGACCUGCUGCAUCCUUUACAAGAGAGAAGAAGUCCCAUUGCCUCUGACACCUCCCAACUGUUCUGCAGUUCAUCCACACAGAGUCAGAACUGGUUCUGUCCCAGUAAAUUGUUACUAUGGAUAGCCCAGAGAGUAAUGGAGUGGGGGAGGAUUAACUUUUGCAUAUCUGGCUGGACGAAAGGUACUACAUAUGCCAAGCUGAAGAAGAUGGAAUUCUUCACCUGAACCAAGAAGCGAGAGACUUGCCCGAUCUGAACACAGGCUGAAAAACUGGCUUUGAGCUUCCUUCUCGCUUCCUUUUCUGUGACCUUUGAUCUGGGUCCUUUAGUGCUAAUAACUAAUCAG